AUGAGCAAUCCGAAGACAAGACCAAAGCGGCGAUAUUCCGAGCAGUUUCUGAAGUCUGGCUUCAUUGCGGUCGAGACCAACAGGAAAGAGACAGCGCCUCUCUGUCUCAUUUGUCUCCAGGUCUUGUCCAAUGAGUCCAUGAGAUCCUGUCGACUUCAACAUCACUUGAAGUCGAAGCAUCCUCAGAAGGCCGCCUCGCCACUGGAGUACUUCGAGUCGUUGAAGGAAAGCUUCGAGAAUAGACCAAGGGUAGGCUCUUUGUUCGCCAACUCCAGGUCCGCGGCGAUUCGAGUUCAGCAAGCAAGCUAUGAAAUCUCUCUCUUGAUCGCGAAAACUGGGAAUAACCAUUCGGUCGGAGAGCAGCUUAUCAAGCCAGCGAUAGCGACAUUCCUCAAAACGGUCGGUCAGACUGAUGACAAGGAAGUUGCGGCAUUGCCGCUGAGCAACAAUACGGUUUGCCGGAGAAUCGAUCGUAUGGCUGAAGAUAUCGAGCAGAAGCUGGUCGAGAAAUUGCGGAGCCGUAGCUUUUCUCUACAGAUGGAUGAGUCCACAAUAAGACAGAGCGAAGCCCUCCUGAUGAGUUAUGUGAGAUAUAUAGACCAGGAAGAUCUGAAGGAGGAGAUGCUGUUCUGUAGAUCGCUGGAAACGACAACGACCGCAACCGACAUUUACAAGCAAGUCCGGGAGUACUUGUCAGAGCAUAAAAUCCCUAUAGAAAACAUGGUUUCAUGCGUGGCAGACGGCGCACCGGCCAUGAUGGGGAGAAAAAAAGGUUGUCUCAAGAUGUUGAAAGAUGACAACCCCGGGAUGCUCACCAUACACUGCGUGAUCCACAGGGAAAACCUGGUGGCUAGAACCCUCUCACCGAGUCUUCACAAAGUCAUGCAAGCUGUGAUCAAAUGUGUGAAUGAGAUAAAAGCAAAGCCCAAGUUCGAGCGCUUAUUCGAACAGUUUUGUCACGGUCAGCAAGAAGCACACGUGCGGCUCUUGAUUCACACUGAAAUACGCUGGCUCUCCAAGGGAAACUGCCUACGAAGGUUCAUGGAACUAUUCGACGCUGUCGUCGAAUUCUUGAAAGACAAGGAAGAGGUGGCUCUCCUCACAUCGUUUGAGGGGAAAAUUCUCCUACAAGGCAAGAAGGUCUCUCUAAUCGAGGCGCAGGAGAGCAUUCAGGGUUUCAUAAAGUUCUUGCGAGUUGCUGCGAACAACGUCAGAGCUAGGAAACUCGAUCAGUUUCUUUGGUUGAAGAAGUGUAAGCUGUCCGAGGGUGCCCUGAUGAUCAUAGUUGAGCACAUGUCGACGCUCAUUGAAAAUUUCAAUGAAAGGUUCUCUGAUCUCAUAGAAAUGAAGUUCCCACUUUGGGUGAGCCAGCCUUUCUUGGUAGACCUCAAUGAGGCCGAGCUAGAAUUCCAGCAAGAAUUGGCGGAGUUGCAAUCUAACCUGCCGAUGGAGGGUGUUUUUAGAAAUACGGGACCACGGGCAUGGCUUUGUCAUGGAAUCAGGGAGAAAUAA